AAUAUCAACCACAGAUAUAUUCCUAUGCACUGGUCUGUGCUUUCUUAGGGGAACUUAGCCACGGACUUAUCAGCAUCAGACAAGAGAGGUUUCAUAAAAGGUAUCAGGACAGCCAUGGAAACAAACACCUCCAUCCAUCUCACCACUGUAAAUCCCACCCCCUCCUCAGACAACUUAGCCAAACUGAGAUAUUCUCUACACAUCAUGUCACUUUGUGUUUACGGCGUGGCCUGUGUCCUCGGCAUGCUUGGGAACGGGGCUGUUAUCUGGGUGACAGGCUUCAGGAUGAAGAAGACGGUUAACACAGUUUGGUUUCUCAACCUUGCUGUGGCUGACUUCCUCUUUACGGCCUUCCUUCCCUUUGCCAUCACUUACCAGGCCUUGAAUUUCAACUGGGUGUUUGGGAAAUUCAUGUGCAAGCUGAACAGCACAGUAAACUUUCUGAACUUGUUCGCCAGCGUCUACACCCUUGUGGCGAUCAGUAUCGACAGGUUUGUGUCAGUAGUGUGGCCCAUCUGGGCUCAGGUUCAUAGGAGUGUGAGGAAGGCUUCCUAUAUGUGUCUGUCUGUUUGGGCGUUAUCUUUAUCUCUCAGCCUUCCGUAUUUUGUCUUCAGAGAUACUGAAGACGUCCAAGGCAAUAUCAUCUGCUACAAUAAUUUCGCUUUCUCUAAUAACUACAGCAAUCCAUCUGUGAUUCAGUUAGUCAAUUUUCGCCAUCGGGCCUUGCUCAUCACCCGUUUACUCAUGGGGUUCAUCGUCCCCUACAGUGUAAUCAUCACCUGUUACGGCAUCAUCAUCCACCGCCUCAGGAGCAACCCCAUACUGGCCAAACAAUCAAGCCGCUCUUUUAAGAUAAUUGCUGCCAUCAUCAUCACGUUUUUCCUGUGCUGGGUUCCCUUUCACAUCUUCAGUAUAAUUGAAUUGAUAAGGUUCCAUCCCAGCAACCAAGGCAAUGCACUGUUACAUGUCAUCACCAUCGGGAUGCCGUUCGCCACAAGCCUAGCCUUUGUUAACAGCUGCCUGAACCCAAUCCUGUACGUAUUCAUAGGCCAAGAUUUCAAGGAUAAAGUCUGCAAUUCCAUCCUGAAGGUGUUGGAGACCGCAUUUCAUGAAGACGAUACCAAAACUUGCUCAAAGUCUGUCAGCACCAGCGAGAGCAACAAGUCACAUCAGGGCACUGCAGUGUAGAAGCAGUAGUGAUUUUUUUUAAACAGCUUAACUGCAAAGAGUAUAUCAAUUCUGCAUUUUCCUUCUGGUGUAUUUCAAUAUCGGUAUAUCGUACUGUAAUGACAUAAAUAUGUGUUCCUGACCAUUGUGCAACAGCUUUUAGAAAUAGCUUAAAUGGGUGUUGUUUUGUUGUUGUCAGCACAUUUAUGUUUGAUAAAACAAGAGGAAUUAAAGAGCCAUUUUCUGAAUAAUUUCCUGGUUGGCUCUGACUAUCAAAAAGAAAGAAAGAAAGAAAACAAAUUAUAAAGUGAUUUGUGAAAGUGGCUAUUCAUAAUUCACAAUAACCAAGUUUGACCUAAGCCGUCUUACCAUACAAUUUCCAAGAGACAAAACUGUUAAUUUUAGCCCCAUUAACUGAACAUUUUUAUUUAUGUAUUCAUUGUAUUU